AAAAAAGCAAUCCUUUUACUGUUUGACUUACAUACAUAUGUGUUAUACAAGGAUUUGUACUAAAUUAUACCGUCUUUUAAAUUCAACUUUCAUCUUUUUAAUUUGCAAUGCAUGAACCAUCGAUAUCGGACCCAAUGUCCUUUUUAUACUUGGACUUGUUAUCAAAUCUUUUACUAGAAGACGCAAACGAAAUCGGAAAAGAGUUCGAUGUAAAAAUGAACUUUAUACGCGAACAGGAACGGAGCUGUUUGGAGAAUGCAAAACAACUUAUUUCCGUUGAUCAGUUUAUAGAAUCGAUGAGGGAAUGUCUCUUUCAAACGGAGCUAGAAUUACAGGAGAACGAAGCUGAUUUGCUCAAUGUGGAAAAAACCAUUCUGCGUUACGAGGCAUCCUACAUAGAUUUUUCCAAGGGCCCAGAUCCAAUUCGUCUAAGGCCUAGCAGCUACCUGGUUUUCUUAAAGCUACUUUUAUCGGCGGAUUGCUCGGCAGCACAAUGCAAAAAUCUAAGGGAAGAGCUCGACCAAUAUAAUAAUGAGGCCCUGGAGCGUUUAGACUCUCCUAAAUUGAUCACCAAGAUCAUGGACUGUCAUUUAAAGACGCUCAACUCACUGGAGAAAAAGUUGGAUCAGCUGCAAUCUUUGGCUGACAAUGUGGCCAAAAGCUAUGAUCAAAUGAUCAACAAACUUAAGAUUAGCAGCCUGAGCACCAAGUGCAGCUGCCAAAUGGCAAAUAUUAUCAAUCAUACACGCAUGAACUGAUUACAGCAUAGUUUUAAUGUAUUUGAAAAAAUAACGUUUAACAUAAUGAAUAUGAUACAUAUGUAUGUAGGUAUUUAAAUGCAACGCA